GUGUUCCAGGAGGAAUGUGAGGGCAAUCAUCACAUCUUCUUCUGAUGCCUCAUUUGUAAAGAGGCAGCAUUUCUAAACGUGCAGUGCAGGUGAAAUUGCCACCAAAGAAGCAUGGAUUCCCUCGGCGUGCCACAGUCAACUGACACACAGAACAACACUAAGGACAACCAAGAUGAGAAAUAUGAAAAGAAAACUAAAGAUGUCAAAGCGAGCCCUGCACACUCUACUCUGGCUUUGGUGGAGCAGGACUCAGAGGACCCUUGGGAUCUUCCUGAGCUGAAAGACACAGGGACCCCAUGGUCAGAGCUGGAUACCAAGGGUAAAGUGCUGAGAGUGCUGGUUUCAGUGAUGAAGUUCAUCAUCCUGCUGGGCCUCCUUUACGUGUUUAUCUGCUCCCUCGACAUCCUCAGCUCAGCCUUCCAGCUGGUUGGAGGCAGAGCAGCAGGCGAUAUCUUUCAGGAGAACUCCAUUUUGUCUAACCCUCUGGCUGGUUUGGUCAUUGGCGUUCUUGUCACCCUGCUCGUCCAAAGCUCAUCCACCUCCUCCUCUAUAGUUGUCAGCAUGGUCUCCUCAGGCAUACUCACAGUCCAGGUGGCUGUUCCCAUCAUCAUGGGCACCAACAUCGGCACUUCUGUUACAAACACCCUGGUCGCCAUGACGCAGGCUGCUGACCGCAAUACGUUUCGCAGGGCUUUUGCGGGGGCUACCGUGCACGACUUCUUUAACUGGCUCUCUGUUCUGGUGCUGCUGCCUCUGGAAGUGGCCAGCGGUUAUUUGUACCGUGUGACCGAGCUCAUCGUCAACUCCUUUCAGAUCGAGAGCGGAGAGGCGCCAGACCUGUUGAACGUUAUCACUGAUGUCCUCACAGAGGCCAUCAUACAGCUGGAUCAAUCUGUCUUAGAUGGACUUGCCACUGGAGACUCAGAUGCCAGGAAUAAAAGCAUGAUCAGGAUAUGGUGCCAAACUGCAAACGAAACUGUCUUGCAGAACUUCACAGUUCCUGGUAUACAGAACUGCACCUUUCCAACUCUCUGCUGGGUUGAGGGCAACUAUACUGUAAUAGUGAAAAACGUGUCUGUAUUGUCCAACAUAAAGAAAUGUAAUCACCUCUUUGUGAAUGUGAACCUGUCUGAUCUGGCUGUGGGUCUCAUCCUGCUGGCUCUCUCUCUGCUGGUUCUCUGUUCCUGUCUGGUCUGCAUUGUGAAGUUGCUUAACUCCAUGCUGAAGGGACAAGUGGCUUCAGUCAUCAAAAAAAUCCUCAACACCGAUUUCCCGUUUCCGUUUGGCUGGGUAACCGGUUACAUCGCCAUCGUAGUCGGAGCUGGAAUGACUUUCAUUGUGCAGAGCAGUUCAGUGUUCACAUCAGCCAUCACUCCUCUUGUUGGUAUUGGUGUCAUCAGCAUAGAGAGGGCAUAUCCACUGUCUUUGGGCUCAAACAUUGGCACCACCACCACAGCCAUUCUGGCAGCCAUGGCUAGUCCUGGAGACAGACUGGCGAAUGCUCUACAGAUUGCCCUUGUCCACUUCCUGUUCAACAUCUCUGGAAUCAUUUUGUGGUAUCCAAUUCCCUUCACUCGUGUCCCCAUCCGGAUGGCUAAAAGUCUUGGAAACAUCACCGCCAGCUACCGCUGGUUUGCUGCAGUGUACAUCAUCCUCUGUUUCUUCGUGUUACCCCUCUUAGUAUUCAGCCUGUCACUGGCCGGUUGGCAGGUCCUUGUGGGUGUGGGUGUACCUUUAGUUGUCCUGUUGAUCAUCGUGGUGGUGAUCAACGUGCUGCAGAAAAGGAAACCUGGAUGUCUGCCUGCGAGAUUGCGAUCCUGGGACUUCCUCCCUCUCUGGGCCCACUCCCUGGAUCCCUGGGAUAAAGUGGUUGUAGCAUUCACAGCCAAAUGCUGCUGCUGCUGCAAAUGCUGCCAAGUUUCAAAUGAUGAUCAGGAACAUGAAGUACAAGAAUCUGUAGAGCAGAACACAGAAAUACACAAAGCAGUGUACGAUAAUCUAGUGAUGGCUGUAGAGAAAGAAGUAGAAGAUGAGAUAAAGAUAGAACUAAAUAUUUUAAAAGUAGCAAAACUUUGAGAUGUAAUAUUUAUUUUGUAUGUGAUUUUGUUUGUAUGAUUUGUAGAGGAACAGUGGUCAUUGCACAUGAACAAACAGAAAUAAAAAUAUUUAUAUACAUAUAAGUGAAAAAUAAUAAGAAAAACAAUAAACACUGUGACGUGUUGAUGGUUGUGGUUCAUCGAAGUAGUGAAUUCAUUAGGAUUCCACUUUUGUUUUAUUAGACAGAUUGCAGAUGCAAUGCAUCCCAUGUCAGUCAGUAUGCUACUCCGGUUAUAACUUUUACCCGACUGAUUUCACUUUUACGUUUUUGAAGUUCGGUUGUAUGAAAACAUACAACACGAUGUGUCUUACUAGACACAGAUCUGAUCAAUGUCAUUUUGCAGAAUCAGAGGUUUCCUGGGCUGAUGUCAGGGAGAAGUCAGUGCCAAAUGGGAAUUUCUAACUUUUUUUGAAGAAACCGUUAGCCGUUGCAAAUAAUAUUACAUCAACUUAUGCACCCCUGUCACUGACACUUUACUUGACGUCUGUAAUUCUUUUUCAGAAAGGUUCCAUGCAAAACAGGUCCUAUAAGAGCAAGAAUAAUUGCAACAAUAAUUCCUGCAUGCCCUUGCUUUGUGUUUAAAGGGAAGAGGCUUUAGACAUCUUUUUCCACACCUGGAAUUGCACACUUAGCUAAUCUUUAUUUAUAAUCAAAGUAGCUACAUAAAUCUAACCUAUGUCUUAACAUGCUGUUAAAUUGUGAAAUUUCCAAAAUGUGCCAUGAGCUUUUUCUAUAUGCAGGCUGUGCAAUGUGUUAAACUGCAAAAACAUGUGGAAAAUACUAAAUAGAUAAAUAAGUGUAAAGUUUUUCACAUAUCUGUUAGUUUUUUUGUAUGUUUUUAUAUACUUUUAUUUUACUGUGAAUAGACAAUAGACAGAGAUCAUUUACAUAUCAUUGUAAGGUGUUAAUAAUUUAGCAAUUGAAAAGAUAGAUUAUUUUCUAUUAACCCAAUCUAACAAUGCACAAUUAUUGUAUUCAAAGAAUAUAGAAACUAAGUUUGGAUGACUUUACAUCUAAUUAAACUUUUUAUAUGUUUAUUAUUUAAUUUAAAGCCAUGUAUUGUGAACAAUUGUAUGAAAUAUUUAUAAACCCAAAAUAACGCUAUAUAAAUGAUUGAUGGGGGAAGUUCAGUAACUGUCUUGCUGAAAUCAUCAGUUCAUCAUUAAAACAUUUCCUGAACACUA